GCCCAAGGAAGCGAAGCGGAAGAGACCGAGAGGGAGAAGCGUUUCUCCUGGGUUGUUCGGGUGAGCCGCUAGCGAGAGCGAGACGGAGCGAGGCUUUGCCGCUGCAGAGCAGAGCGACAUGAGCUACCGGCUUGGAGGCGCGGCGGACCGCGAGGAGGGGGACGAGGAGCUGUUCGAGACGGCGCCGUCCGUCUCCGGCGGCGAGGGCUCGUGCGACCAGGAGCGCCGCGCGUUCGUGCCGCCGCUGCGGAGGAUGAACUCGGACAGCAUCUACGACAUGGCGUCCAUGGUGUCGCAGCAGCUCCCAGCCAAGAAAGGGCUAUCGCGGUACUACGAGGGCAAGUCGCAGUCGUUCGCGUGCAUGUCGGAGGUGCGCUGCCUGGAGGACCUGCGCAAGAAGGGCAGCCCCUACAAGCACAGGACCAACAAGAGCUACGGCGCGCUGGGACUGGGACUGGGAGGGAUGAUGUGGCCAAGAAGCCCGCCUCCAGCUCCUGCGCCGACCUCGGCCUCGCCGCCGCCAACGGGUUCAGGACGGCCCACGGCCCCAAUUCAGAACGGGUACCACCAGUGAGGCUGUAGCCUGUAGGCAGACGACGAGAGCACUGCAACUGUUUUUUCGUUCUCUCUUUUUUUUUUUUACUUCUCUACUCUUGUUCUGCGGGAUUUCCUUCACGGGCUUGACUUGACUUGACUGUGAGAAUUUUACGAGGUGGUGUGAACUGUUGCUUGCUCUGCUAUCGGAGUACCUGUAGAGCACUAGAGGGACUCACUCACAACAUAAUUGACCGUUCUGCACUGUUGCUGCUCGGC